GCUUGCGACAUCGCCUUCAACCAGGUGUCCCUUGCUGCCGUUCUGGACUACCUUGCCUCUGCUAGAGCCUCGCGAAGCCAAGACCUCGAAAUACACCGCAUCAGUGCCACAUCAGCCAUCAAAGCACUGCGCUGGUUCCACAAGCUCUCGCAAUGGGAACAACUCACCCCUGCCAUGCAAAGCCCUGUUAUCACUGCCUACUGCUCGCGAAGCACAGCCAAGGACCGAAAAGAGGCUCUACCUAUCCCCAUGGCUAUUAUUGCCGCCUGGGAACAGCGAGUCUGCGACCCUAACGCACCGCUAUGCACUGUACUUUCCCUAGGGGCGGCCCUGCUGGCUAUCCACGCCAGCCUUCGCUUCGGCGAUAUUCAGCGCGUGGAUUUUUCCUCCCUAUCCCUCACAACGGCUGCCCUGCAUGGCGUCUGCUUCGCUACCAAAACCACGUCCCAGGGCCAGCCCUUUGCAGUCACCAUCUCUGGCAUUACCGGCCGAGAUCCUUCAUCCUGCUGGCCACUUCACUGGCUCUCCGCCCUGCGCCGGGACGGCGACCCAGAUUUCUUGUGGGUCAGCACCGCGCCAGAGCUGAACAAUUUGCUCGAACUUGCUCCAGCAUCGUACUGCGCAGCAAUGUUGGUGCUACGUUGGGCCGCGACACUGCCCUGGCAUUGCAAUUCCGCGGGCCUGACAUCCCAUGAAGCAUCUCAGCUUACCUUGCACAGCAUGAAAAGCACCGUACUCGCGGCUGCAGCACAACUCCGCCUAAGCAAGGACAUCCGCCUCUCGCAAGGUCAUCACCGCGACAGCGCAGCUCUCUAUAGUCGGAACGACGCUUUCGACAGCCUCUAUGCACAGCGCCGCCUGUCUUUGGCGCUCAGCCGCGGCUGGCGCCCGCAGCGCAGCAUUGCACGCGGAGGCCAGGCACCAGUACCGGAGCCUCCUUUCACGCUGCCUUCCUCCGAACCUCUGGCCGAGCUCCCGGCUGCCGCACUCUUGCGUGGAACCUGGUCUUUUUUCGCCACGCGCCAUGAAACCCUUCAGGCUGCACUUUUUCUGGCCCACGAAACCAAAGCCACGCGAGCGCCUCUGUCGCCGCCGGCCUCGCCACGCUCCCCGUCAUUUGAACCGGCUUCGCAAAGCGAGCCCUGCUCAGACGAGGAAGCACGCAUGGUCGAAAUCGCCGCGCUCCGCCGCCAGUCUAGCACCUCAUCCCAUGCCUCCACGUCUUCCCUCUCCUCCGACGUGCCCGAACCGGACGCAUCCCCGAUUGACAAGCCCCUGUACGCCUGCACUGGCCCUUGGGGAUGCUGGCACUGCCUCAAACCGCCUGACGACUCGGGCGUGCUCCGCACCGCGUGCGGCCUUGACCUGGGCUUGGCCUCCUUUACCUCAGAGGUCACCACGCAGACGUGCGCCCGCCUAGCCUUGCACGCUCUGUCAGUUUCUUGCUCAGCACCGCUUGUCCGCAGCCGUUUUACUUGUGCUCAAGCUUUGCCUAGACCCCUCACUAGCUUCAUGGCAGACGCAUCUGCCACGCCAGCUUUGGAGUCGCCGCUUGCGCUCAAACAACUCCUCACCUCUCUGCAAGUGCCCGACGAGCUAGUCUCUGCGCUACAGAGAGCAGGCGUUGACACAGUGCCAGAUUUCGCAUUCGCAUAUGCCACCGCCCAGGAACUCGACGUGUUUUGUUCCGAGGAACAUGCGGAACUAUGGGACACUCUCGGCGUCUCAGACCCAGCCCACAGCCCCGCCAUGGCCCGGCUCCGCAGAGCCCUGCACAAAGCCAAGCACCUCACGGAAGCCGCGGACUCCACGCCCUCGGCCUCCAGGGAACACCUGGACGGCGAUGCCAUGCCUAGCGUGAGACUGCUCAGCAUCGUGCAUCGCUGGUUCGUGCCAGGCAACGCUAUCAGCUGGGUCCCUUGGCAACUUCGACUGUCCGAAAAACAGUACCAAGAGAUCAUCGAAAGCCGCGCAACCAAAACGCUCCGCACUGAGGCCGCCUUCCUCAGCACCGCACUCUUCGAUGAUACUCCCGAAUUGCCGGUUGAUCACCUUCGCCUCAGCCCCGCAUGGUUGGGACGCAUACAAACCGUCUUCCGCAAUGCAAUUGCGCUGUGCAAGGGGGCACACCUGCAGCGCCUCAAGGCCUAUGAUAAGAAAAUCCUGGACCUAGCAACGCAGGCGCCCGCGGACCCCUCGCUCCGCACCGUGUCCACGAGUGAACUCGUUUCGGCAGACCGCAAACUCUGGAAGGAAAUCUCCAGCUUGCACAGCACCGGCUGGAACCUUGACGACGCACUGCACGAAAUGACGACCGUCCGCUCUGACGUCGGCAACCUCCUGCAGCUCCGCGCAAG